ACUCUCAGAGUGUAGUGUAACAGGAGAUGGAUAUGCUGCUCUGGCCUCAGCUCUGAAAUCAAACCACUCACACCUGGUAGAGCUGGACCUGAGAGGAAAUGACCCUGGAGAAUCAGGAGUGGACCUGCUCACUGACUUCUAUAAUUUAAUUAAUGAUCCGAACUUUAAACUUCAGACCUUGAGGUUGUUGAAGACUGAUGCUGCAGAGGAAGCCUAUAAUUAUCUGACUAAAGUUGUAGGUAGAAACCCGUUACUCCUGACAGAGCUGGAUCUGAGUAGGGAGAAACCAGGAGACUCAGGAGUGAAGCAGUUCUGUGCUCUACUGGAGGAUUCACACUGCAAACUGAAGAAACUUAAGCUUAAUGGCAGCAGUGUAACAGAAGAAGGCUGUGCUGCUCUGACUUCAGCUCUGAGAUCAAACCCCUCACACCUAAUAGAGCUGAAUCUGAGUGGGAAUAAUCUAGGAGACUCAGGAGUGAAGCACAUCUCUGCGCUAUUGGAGAAACCAGAGUGUAAAUUACAGAAACUGGAACUCUCAGAUUGUAAUGUAACAGGAGAAGGAUAUGCUGCUCUGACAUCAGCUCUGAAAUCAAACCCCUCACACCUGGUAGAACUGGACCUGAGAGGAAACGACCCUGGAAAAUCUGGAGUGGAGCUUCUCACUGACUUCUAUAAUUUAAUUAAUGAUCCAAACUUUAAACUUCAGACCCUGAGGUUGUUGAAGACUGAUGCUGCAGAGAAAGCCUUUGCAUAUCUGAUUUCAGUUCUAGAUAAAAACCCGUUACUCCUGACAGAGCUGGAUCUGAGUGAGAAGAAACCAGGAAACUCAGGAGUGAAGCAGUUCUCUGCCCUGCUGGAGGACUCGCAUUGCAAACUGAAGAAGCUUAAGCUUAAUAGCAGCAGUGUAACAGAAGAAGGCUGUGCUGCUCUGACUUCAGCUCUGAGAUCAAACCCCUCACACCUGAUACAGCUGAAUCUGAGUGGGAAUGAACUAGGAGACUCAGGAGUGAAGCACAUCUCUGCUCUAUUGGAGAAACCAGAGUGUAAAUUAGAGAAACUGGAGCUUGAUAACAGCAGUAUAACAGAUACGGGCUGUGCUGCUCUGACUUCAGCACUCAGAUCAAACCCCUCUCACCUGGUAGAGCUGAGUCUGAGUGGGAAUAAACUAGGAGACUCAGGAGUAAAGCACAUUACUGAUUUACUGAAGAAUCCAAAUUGCAAACUGGAGAGACUACUUCUGUCAGACUGUAGUUUAACAGGAGAAGGAUAUGCUGCUCUGGCCUCAGCUCUGAAAUCAAACCACUCACACCUGAUUGAGCUGGACCUGAGAGGGAAUGACCCUGGAGAAUCAGGAGUGAAGUUGCUCACUGAUUUAUAUAAUUUACUUAAGGGUUCAGAUUCUAAUCGGAAGACUCUGAGGUUGUUGAAGAGUGAUGCUGCAGAGGAAGCCUGUGCUUAUCUGACUUCAGUAGUAGGCACAAACCCCUUACUCCUGACAGAGCUGGAUCUGAGUGAGAAAAUAUCAGGAGACUCAGGAGUGAAGCAGCUCUCCUCUCUACUGCAGGAUUCACACUGCAAAGUGAAGACACUUAAGCUACAUAAUUGUAAUCUAUCUGAGCGAAACUGUUCAGUUCUAGCCACGGUUCUCAGCUCAGUAUCUUCUAUUCUCAACCAUCUGGACCUGAGUCACAAUACACUUGGAGACUCUGGAAUAAAGCAACUGUUUGCGGGACUAAAGAGUCCUCACUGCAAGAUGGAGAUAUUGAGGCUUCAUAACAGCAGCAUAACAGAAGAAGGCUGUGCUGCUCUGACCUCAGAUCUCGAAUCAAACCUCACACACCUGACAGAGCUGGAUCUAAGUGGGAAUAAACUAGGAGACUCAGGAGUGAAGCACAUCUCUACUCUACUUGGGAAUACAGACUGUAAACUACAGAAACUGCUCCUUUCAGACUGUAGUAUAACAGGACAAGGAUACAGUGAUCUGGCCUCAGCUCUUAAAUCAGAGCUAUCACACCUGAUAGAGCUGGAUCUGAGAGGAAACGACCCUGGAGAAUCAGGAGUUGAGCUGCUCACCAACUUAAAGGAGGAUCCAACAUGUAAACUGAAUACACUGAGAUUGCUGAAAAGUGACAGUGCUGAAAAAGCCUGUGCUUAUCUGACUUCAGUUCAAGAUAAAAAACCCUUAUUUCUGAGAGAGCUGGAUCUGAGUGGGAAGAAACCAGGAGACUCAGGAGUGAAGCAGUUCUGUGCUAUACUGGCGGAUUCACACUGCAGACUGCAGAAGCUUACGCUUAAUAGCAGCAGUGUAACAGAAGAAGGCUGUGCUGCUCUGACUUCAGCUCUGAGAUCAAACCUCUCACACCUGAUACAGCUAAAUCUGAGUGGGAAUGAACUAGGAGACUCAGGAGUGAAGCACAUCUCUGCUCUACUGGAGAAACCAGAGUGUAAAUUACAGAAACUGGAACUUUCAGACUGUAGUGUAACAGGAGAAGGUUAUGCAGCUCUGACAUCAGCUCUAAAAUCAAACCCUUCACACCUGGUAGAGCUGGAUCUGAGAGGAAACGACCCUGGAGACUCUGGAGUGGAGCUGCUCACUGACUUCUAUAAUUUCAUUAAUGAUCGAAGUUUAAACUUCAGACCCUGGUUGUUGAAGAGUGAUGCCGCAGGAAAAGCCUUUGAUUAUCUGACUAAGGUUCUAGGUACAAACACGUUACUGCUGACACAGCUGGAUUUGAGUGAGAAGAAACUGGGAGACUCAGGAGUGAAGCAGUUCUGUGCUCUACUGGAGGAUUCCCACUGCAAACUGGGAAAUAUAAUGCUUAAUAACAGCAACAUAACAGAAAAAGGCUGUUCUACUCUGACCUCAGCUCUCAAAUCAAACGUCUCACAUCUGAUAGAGCUGAAUCUGAGUGGGAAUAAACUAGGAGACUCAGGAGUGAAGCACAUCUCUGCUCUGCUACAGAAUCCACACUGCAAUCUACAGAAGCUGGAACUGUCAGACUGCCAUAUAACAGUGGAAGGAUAUACUGCUCUGGCUUCAGCUAUUAGAUCCCCUCCCUCCCAGCUGAUAGAGCUGGACCUGAGAGGCAACAACCCUGGAUACUCAGGAGUGGAGCUGCUCAUAAAUUUAGUGCAGGAUCCUGACUGUAAACUGAAGACACUGAGCUUGUUGAAGAGUGAUGCUGCAGAGCAAGCCUGUGCAUAUCUGACUUCAGUAGUAGGCACAAACCCCUUACUCCUGACAGAGCUGGAUCUGAGUGAGAAAAUAUCAGGAGACUCAGGAGUGAAGCAGAUCUCUGCCCUGUUCGGGGAUUCACAGUGCACACUGACACAACUUAAUCUUAGUAACAGUAGUAUGACAGCCGAAGGCUGUGAUACUCUGAUUUCAGAUCUGAAAUUAAACCCCUCUCACCUGAUGGAGUUGAAUCUGAGUGGAAAUAAACUAGGAGACUCAGGAGUGAAGCACAUCUCUGCUCUACUGGAGAAUCCAAGCUGUAAUUUACAGAGACUGAUACUUUCAGAUUGUAGUGUAACAGGAGAAGGAUAUGCUGCUCUGACAUCAGCUCUGAAAUCAAACCCCUCACACCUGGUAGAGCUGGACCUGAGAGGAAACGACCCUGGAGACUCUGCAGUGGAGCUGCUCACUGAUUUUGACAUUUUAGUUAGUGAUAAAAAAUGUAAACUUAAGACAUUGAGGUUGUUGAAGACUGAUGCUGCAGAGAAAGCCUAUAAUUAUCUAACUGAAGUUGUAGGUAGAAACCUGUUACUCCUGACAGAGCUGGAUCUGAGUGGGAAGAAACCAGGAGACUCAGGGGUGAAGCAGUUCUCUGCUCUACUGGAGGAUUCACACUGCAAACUGAAGAAACUUAAGCUUAAUAGCAGCAGUGUAACAGAAGAAGGCUGUGCUGCUCUGACUUCAGCUCUGAGAUCAAACCCCUCACACCUGAUACAGCUGAAUCUGAGUGGGAAUGAACUAGGAGACUCAGGAGUGAAGCACAUCUCUGCUCUAUUGGAGAAACCAGAGUGUAAAUUACAGAAACUGGAACUCUCAGAUUGUAAUGUAACAGGAGAAGGAUAUGCUGCUCUGACAUCAGCUCUGAAAUCAAACCCCUCACACCUGGUAGAACUGGACCUGAGAGGAAACGACCCUGGAGAAUCUGGAGUGGAGCUUCUCACUGACUUCUAUAAUUUAAUUAAUGAUCCAAACUUUAAACUUCAGACCCUGAGGUUGUUGAAGACUGAUGCUGCAGAGAAAGCCUUUGCAUAUCUGAUUUCAGUUCUAGAUAAAAACCCGUUACUCCUGACAGAGCUGGAUCUGAGUGAGAAGAAACCAGGAAACUCAGGAGUGAAGCAGUUCUCUGCCCUGCUGGAGGACUCGCAUUGCAAACUGAAGAAACUUAAGCUUAAUGGCAGCAGUGUAACAGAAGAAGGCUGUGCUGCUCUGACUUCAGCUCUGAGAUCAAACCCCUCACACCUGAUACAGCUGAAUCUGAGUGGGAAUAAUCUAGGAGACUCAGGAGUGAAGCACAUCUCUGCGCUAUUGGAGAAACCAGAGUGUAAAUUACAGAAACUGGAAGUCUCAGAGUGUAGUAUAACAGGAGAAGGUUAUGCAGCUCUGACCUCAGCUCUGAAAUCAAACCCCUUACACCUGGUAGAGCUGGACCUGAGAGGAAACGACCCUGGAGACUCUGCAUUGGAGCUGCUCACUGACUUCUAUAAUUUAAUUAAUGAUCUAAACUGUAAACUUCAGACCCUGAGAUUGUUGAAGACUGAUGCUGCAGAGGAGGCAUAUAAUUAUCUGACUGAAGUUCUUGGUAAAAAUCCCUUACUCCUGACAGAGCUGGAUCUGAGUGGGAAGAUACCAGGAGACUCAAAAGUGCAGCAGUUCUGUGCCCUACUGAAGGAUUCACACUGCAAAUUGAAAAAACUGGCGCUUAAUAACAACAACAUAACAGAUGAGGGCUGUGCUCAUCUGACUCCAGCUCUCUUAUCAAACCUCUCACACCUGGUAGAACUGAGUCUCAGUGGGAAUACAAUAAAAGACCCAGGAGUGGUUUUCAUCUCUGCUGUACUAAAGGAUUCAGACUGUAAACUACAGAAACUGGAGCUUAAUGACUGCAACAUAACACAUGAGGGCUGUGCUCAUCUGAAUUCAGCUCUCUUAGCAAACUCCUCACACCUGAUAGAGUUGAAUAUGAGUCGGAAUAAAAUAAAAGACCAAGGAGUGUUGCACAUAUCUGCUCUACUAGAGUAUAGACACUGUAAACUGCAGAAACUGCU